AUGGUUGUGGUGGCACUGGUGUUGAAAAUCAUGAAUGCAAAAUCAGAUUUGGCAUGUUCACUGCUGGUGCUAUUUGUCAUACAUUCGGCUCUCUUCAUAUACAUGAGAUCUUUCCGACGAACAAUACUUGUUGAAUUCCCUUCUCUAGUCGUGGCUAUCGUUGUCAAAAUCGUUGCCCAGCUACUUAAAAUCGUUGUCAAAAUGGUGAGAGCACGAUCGCCUCCUAUCUACGUUUAUCGUGCAUCGGCAUCGCCCCCAGUAGAGCAACCGCCUCCAUCGUCCUCUUCUUACUCUGUUGAUGACGCCAUGAAGAGCAACCCAGUAGAGCAACCCCUUAAAAUGGGUGUAUUCAGUUACAGACAUCAAGAAGAACAGCAGCAGGAGGAGUGCGUUAUCUGCCUCGGUGAAUACCAGGAGGGGGAGGCUUUGGUGGCGCUGCCACGUUGUCAACACAAUUUCCACGUGGACUGCAUUCGAAGGUGGUUGAAGUGCAAGCUCAGAUGUCCCAUUUGCAAUGCAUGUCCGUUUCAAGAAUUGGGAUCCCAUGUUGUGCUUGCAGGAAAUAUGAGGGAGGGAAACAUAGGGAGCGAAGACAACGUGUAA